UUUUAGAAACAUUAUCAUAGAUUCGGUGGUAAUGAAUUUAGGAAAGAUGAAGAAGCAUUGCAAUAACAUAGUACUGGCGGUCGCUUUGGUGGCUUGCCUGUCAGUCCAGAUGAGCUGCCAUGCAGCCGAAGCACCGGCGACCGCUACGAAUGUCGAGCUCCAGCAGCAGGGACAUGUGGGUGUGUCCGACGCCACUACAUUGGUAUCCUACAAAUUGGCUCUCCAAUGGCCACCCGGUGCUUGUUCCGUGAGUUACAAAUGCAAGGGAGAUAUCCCCAAAACUUUCACCAUCUUUGGUUUAUGGCCACAAAACAGCUAUAACUAUGGAGUCCCUCCAUACUCCAAGGACCCAAGCUGCACCAGUUUGAAACCCGUACCCACAGAUAGAAUCAUGGGUCUACUGCAAAAGGCGGACUUGGUGGAGGAGUUAACAGAAGCAUGGCCAAAUCUAAAGAACAGUAAAUAUCCUCCCAAAAACCAGCAAUUUUGGGAACAUCAAUGGGAACAGAAUGGGAUGUGUACUGAUUUCGGUGAUAAUCCUAUUCAGUACUUUAAAACUGCAAUUAACCUCAGGGAUCAAUUUGUUAAAGUUUAUCAACCUCCAUCCGGUGGCAGUUACAAGGUGAAAGUGCUUUUACAGAGGGUAAAAAAUGUAGCAAAAGCGACACCUGAGAUUGUUUGUCGCAAGCAGAUAGGCACAAACACAACGAUCGUGGGGGAGCUUCAUUUAUGUUACAAAAAGGGAAAUCUGACGCCGGAAGGGAUCGAAGACUGUAAACGCCCUUUCUCGGGAAUUUGUAAGAGUGAGCUUGAUGUGGUUAAAUUCCUUUAAUGGAAUCCAUUGCUGGAAUAAUGUAAUCCAUUGCUGGAAUAAUGUAAUCCCUCCUUUUAAUUUAUCGUGUCCUUCGUUUGCUGCAUGCAUAUGCUUCUGUGUUAUUGUAAUAAAUGUAUGGAUAGUUGGCAAUGCCACACUAUGUAAUAAUUUACUUCAAUGAUGAUUAUGCCCUAAUCCCUCCCAUA